AUGGAAAGAAUAUGUUACAUAGGCGGAUGCUCCACCUCUCCCCUCACCUCCUCUGCUCCACCUUCCCUCGCCUCCUUUGCGCCACUCUUCCCUCACCUCCUCUGCUCUGCUCUACUCUCACCUCCUCUGGUGCCCUUCCCUCCUCCAGAUGGGCAGCAAGCCACAGGGAACAAUCAUGGGCAGCAAGCCACGCGGAGCGAUCGUAUCGGCGCACGUGCUAAGCCCUUUCCCCCUCUCCACUCUCCCCUUCUCCCAGAUGGGCAGCAAGCCACGGGGAGCGAUCGUAUCGGCGCACGUGCUAAGCCCUUUCCCCCUCUCCACUCUCCCCUUCUCCCAGAUGGGCAGCAAGCCACGGGGAGCGAUCGUAUCGGCGCACGUGCUAAGCCCUUUCCCCCUCUCCACUCUCCCCUUCUCCCAGAUGGGCAGCAAGCCACGGGGAGCGAUCGUAUCGGCGCACGUGCUGGCAAGGCUCAGGUCAUGGGGAGCAAGCCACGGGGAGCGAUUGUAUCCGCGCACGUGCUGGCACGGCUCAGGUCGUGGCGAGGCAGACACAAGCAGAGCGAGUCGCGGUGGGGGCAGGCACUUGUGAAAGUUAAAGCCCAGGCACCAGGUGAAGGGGACGCAGAGUAG